GCUGUCGGGUGCAAAAUGAAGUCUCUCUUCGGUGUCGUAUUCUCCAUAUUUCUUAUCAUUCCGAUUUGUGAAACCGUUGUGUACAGUUGGCUCAUGAGUCUGCCAAAAAUCGACGGAGAUUCUCCGCGAAGUCAAAACGAUACAAGCCGCUUGUUGAACCAAACCAGCCAGAAGACGUACUGCACCAAGGAUCGCCAGUGUGGAGCCACAAACUAUUGUCAUCGUCACUACGGAAUAUGUCACAAGUGCAAGAACGUUGGAGCGAAAUGCCGUCGGGAUCAUGUCUGCUGCAAGGGUCUCGAAUGCGUCUUCGGUAGAUGUAGAACAAUAGUGAAGAAGGGAAACUAUCUCUCGCGAUGCAGGAAAGACAAAGAUUGCAAGCAGGGGCUAUGUUGUGCCAAGAGUCAUGGGGAGUUUGUGUGCAAACCUAUGCUGAGAGAAAACCAAAUUUGUUCGGUCCUGGAAGGCGGCGUUGCCUACACCGUUAACCAUGGUUGUCCUUGUGACGAUGGCUUGGUGUGCACAACUCAAAAACGGAGAAGAAAAGGGUUAAAAGAAACCCACAAACUAUCGCUGAGACGCUGUAAGAAAAAGCAACCUAAAUGACUCAUAACAAUCGUAACUGGAUUAAAAAUGGUGGACAUAUAUAUAUAAAUUAAUUCCGUAGUGUAAUAUACAAAUGUGGCAUCAAUAUGAUAUAAAUAUAAUAUAGUAAGUGAACUUCUUCGUGCAUUGCAUUGUGGUGCAUUUAGGGGGAUCAAAUAAAAA